AUCAGAAACUCUGCUGCAAUACCAAUGGGCACCAGGACAGCUCAUAGAGCCUCCUCUUCAUCCUCAUCCUUCUCCUCAAAACAACAUUGGAUGUACGACGUGUUCUUGAGCUUCAGAGGUGAAGACACACGCAACAGCUUCACGGGACACCUCUACAUGGCGCUAAGAGAGGCUGGGAUCAAUGCCUUUUUUGACGACAAUGAAUUAAGUAGAGAGGAAUAUAUAACGGCCAAACUUGUGACGGCAAUCCAAGGGUCUAGAAUAUCUGUCAUCGUCUUCUCAAGGAGGUAUGCCGAGUCGAGUUGGUGCCUUGAUGAGCUGGUCAAGAUCAUGGAGUGCAGAACAACACUAGGGCAGACGGUUAUGCCAAUAUUCUACGAUAUUGAUCCAUCGGAUGUAAGAGAACAGAGGGGCAGCUUUGCUCAAGCAUUUGAGAAACAUGAAGAGAACUUGUUGUUAGGUAGAGAUAAUAAGGUGGUGAGGUGGAGAGCUGCUCUUAUUGAAGCUGCAAAUUUGUCUGGCUGGGAUCUCAGGAACACUGCAGAUGGGUAUGAAGCGAAGUUUAUUAGAGAAAUUAUUGAAGGGAUUUCUAGAUGGCUGCUGAUGAAUGAGACAAUCUCAUCGGUAGUCGACUAUGCAGUCGGAUUAAAUUCUCGGGUGCAAGAUCUGAGUAACUAUUUAGAUGUUGGAUCAGAUGAUGUUCGCAUAGUUGGAAUUUUGGGGAUGGGUGGAAUAGGCAAAACAACACUUGCCCGAGCCAUUUAUAACCAAUUUUAUCACAGCUUUGAAGGUAAAAGCUUCCUUUUAAAUGUCAGGGAAACUGCAAAGAAACCAAAUGGACUGAAGCGUAUGCAAGAACAAAUUCUUUCUGACAUCUUGAAACCAACCAAGAUAGGGAGAGUUGAUAUCAAUGUUUUAAAAACAAGACUUAGAUGUCGAAGGGUACUUAUCAUAAUCGACGAUGUAGAUCACAAGGACCAACUAAAUGCAUUGGCUACAAAUCGAGACUCGUUUGGUCCGGGAAGUAGAAUUAUUAUAACGACAAGAGACAAACAUUUGCUAGAGCUAUUUCAAGUGGAUAAAAUAUAUCAUGCUCAAGAAAUGAAUGAAGAAGAAGCUCUUGAGCUUUUUAGCUGGCAUGCCUUCAAAAACAAUCGUCCUAAUGCAGGAUAUUUUAAACUGUCAAAAUGUGUUGUUGCGUAUUGUGGAGGUUUGCCACUUGCUCUUGAAGUUUUAGGUUCUUUUCUAUUUAGAAGAAGCACUAGAGAGUGGAAAAGCACAUUGGAUAAACUGAGAAAAAUUCCUGCUGGAGAUAUUCAGAAACAACUCAAAAUAAGCUUUGAUGGGCUUAGUGAUGAUAAAGAGAGGGACAUAUUCCUUGAUAUAUCUUGUUUCUUUAUUGGAAUGAACAGGAACUAUGUCACACAAAUAUUAGAUGGUUGUGGGUUUUUCCCAGAAAUAGGACUAAGUGUCCUUAUUGAACGGUGCCUUAUAACUGUUAGUGAAGAAAACAAGUUGAUGAUGCAUGAUUUGCUUCGAGACAUGGGCAGAGAAAUUGUCUAUGAAGAAUCCCUUAAUGAUCCAAGAAAUUGUAGUAGAUUGUGGCAUUCUGAAGAUGUGACUGACGUACUGAAAAACGAAUCUGGAACUGAAGAAAUUCAAGGAGUCACUCUAAAUUUGCUAAGAUCUGAGAAGGCUACUUUCAGUACACAUGCAUUUACAAAUAUGAAGAAAUUGAGAUUGCUCAAACUCAACUAUGUAGAGCUCACAGGAGAAUACAAAUAUCUUUCCAGAAAGUUGAGAUGGCUCUGCUGGCAUGGAUUCCCUCUAAAGAUCAUACCAAACGACUUUGAUCAACAAAACCUAGUUGCCAUGGAUCUGCGGUACAGCAACCUCAGACAUGUUUGGAAGGAUUCCGAGGGAUGGAAUUCGAGCGGAGGUGGUGGCCUUUAUCUCCCUGGAAAUGAUAUUCCGGAGUGGUUCACUUAUGUCAAUGAGGGCGAUGAAGUCUCUUUUGAAGUGCCUCAAGUUUCUGGUUGUAACUUAAAAGCGUUGACUGUGUGCACCGUUUAUAAGUGUUUACAGGAGGACAAAUCUAAAUUAUAUAUCUCCAUUUUUGUUACAAAUCAUAGCAACUGCACUAGUUUUCUUGUCCAGCCGACAUAUCCCUACACAACAAUUUCCCAUGAAGUUAUUUGGCAGGGGCAUUUGUCAAACAAGGAUUUCAAUUUGGAAGGCGGAGACUUCAUUGAGGUUUGUGUUGCAUUUGGAUCUGGUCAUACGGUGAAGAAGAUAGGAGUCAGUCUUUUAUGGGACAAAUUUAUAUAUGACACUGACUCUUUUAUUGAGUGCAAGUCUGUCCCAUAUGCUUAUUUUCUUAGAGAUGAUGAAGACGACGAUGAAGAAUAUGAUGAAGACGACGACGAUGGGCCUCGACAUCCAUAUUUGCACAGGGCCUCCAAAAUCAAUGGACCGGCUCUGUGUGCUGCAUGGCCUGUUGAUGGGCAAACAGAGCCAGAAAUUUUCAUAGGAAUAAGCCGUAUAUCUAGUUAUUUUUCAUUUAAAGAGCUGUUGGAGUGA